UUUCACUGUCCAUUACAUCUCAUCCACAGCCAUGGAAGCCACCACCGACCCCGGGUCAGCGUCCUCGUCCUCAUCCCUCGUUCCCGGCGAAUCCGCCUACCAUGAGUCCUCCCAGUUCCGCCACUGGCGCUUCUCUUCCACCGGCCUUCACAAGUUGCGCCAGGAUCUCAACAGGCGAUCAAUCGAAGUCGCCAAAAAGAACAACGAGCUGGAAAAGCAAGCUCAAGAGGAGCUUAAAGGCGAUUGGACUCAGACAUCGACUCCCGCCGCAUAUCUCACGGUCGCAGACGAACUAUGCCUGGUCAGAUUCUAUUGCCAACAAAUCUCUCAGAUAUGUCGGAGAGGGUUUGCUCUUCCAGAGCAGGUAGAAGCUACUGCGAUCAGCUACCUCAAGCGAUUUUACCUCAAGAAUAGUGUAAUGGAAUGGCACCCCAAAGCUAUCAUGCCGACUGCUCUCUUUCUCGCUGCCAAAACAACAAACUACCCUGUGGCCAUCGAGGAUUUUCUACCGAAGAUGCCAGGCCGCACACAAGAUAGCAUCCUGGGGAAGGAGUUCCUGGUCGCUCAGAGUCUAGGGUUUGAGUUUUGGGUCCGAGGCGGUGAGAAAGCCCUCCGGGGAUGGACUCUUGAUAUGCAGGAUCAGCCCCGACCGCCUAUCGACGACAUCCAAAAGGCCGUGCCGAAAGCCUUACUCAAGCUCACCGAAUCGUACUCUACGGACGCUGAAUUCAUUUACACGCCAUCUCAGAUAGGCUUGGCUUGUCUGCGCAUGGCCGACAGGAACCUGGUGGACGCUUUUUUGGAGCUGAGAUACAGCACUGCCGCGGCUGCUACCCUGCAAACGAACUCCGAUGAGGAACAACCUGCACCGCUCUAUGGAAUAGAGAAGACGAGAUUGAUCGAGAUUUUGGAGCAAAUAGCCAAGAUGAUUGAGUCUGAUGGCCGAGAGCUGGGAAAGGAUGAUGUAAAGCCAGUAGACAAGAGACUGAAGGGCUACACAAAUCCGGAGAAGGUUCCGGGUACUGCCUUGUAGGUCAUUCUCGGCCAAUCUUGUGGAAAUGUGUUCUCAUUCCGUGGGCAGAUAUGAGAAGCGCAAAAGAGAAAAGGAGCAAUCCGAGGCAGCUGCCAAAGCCGCCAAAAACCUCAAAUCAGAGGCAUCAGACUUAGACAGCGACAUGUUCUUUGGCGGUGCUCUCCCAUCGUCUGUCAUCAACGAAAACAAAUCUCGUAUUCCGCUGUCACCCAAGUUAGACAUCAAUGGGAGUCAACAGCCCAAGGAAACGAAUGCCGAAUGAGCGAUGAGGAGAAGGACUUGCAUACGAGGGAAGGUAUGAAUGCAGUUGGGGGGUUGACAAUUGUCAAAUUCCAAGGAAUACGAGUACUGUAGGCAGGUACAUGCCAUCAUCGGUCAUUGUUGUAUCGGAUGUAUAGCAUAGAUGAGACCUCGU